AUGUAUGAAGAACGACGUGGAACCCCGUUUCGGUUGUGCUUCCUCCCUAGCCAAAUGCAGGUGGGAGUGGAGAAGUAUGGUUAUAGUCCUGAAAAGUUAUUAAAUAAUUAUCGUUCUAGCUUCUUGCGUAAUGCCUAUGGAUCCAAGAAGGUCUAUCUACCAUUGAAUGAUGGCACUCAUUGGUAUUUGGCAGUGGUAUUGACAGAAUCAAAACAAGUACAUCUGGUUGACUCAGCACCUAUGACAGACCGCAAUGGAAAUCGUAUGAAAGUUGUAGGACGCAUGAUGGCAUUUUUACAUGAUUUAUUUGAAAAGCUAUACUCUGAGCUAGAGAAGAUGAAUGAAGCGCCAAACAUCCGCAAUUUUCAGUUGAUCAUUCCUGAUAAGGUUCCUAUACAAGAAAACGGAUUUGAUUGUGGCAUGUGGGUUUGCUUAUGGAUGAUGUACUCAGAUGCCAUGAAUGGAUACUGUGUUGGGCCAUGUAACGAGGUGGACCGAAUGAUGUUGGCACUAAAGUUGGUGGGCUGCCCGCAAAAUUUGAAGUUGGAGAAAAUCCAUCGUCAUGCUCUUGAACACUCAUCUAUGUGGAAAGACAUGAUCCGCAAAGACAUGGUACUCAUGCAUGGAGAUGCCAGAAUUUGA